GCAUCCCUUUCCUUUCCACAAUUGGUAACUACCCAUUAAAAGAGUGGUCAUAGCCCCUUCUACACAAAACCGUAUAAUUGUAGUCUUGUGGAGUUAUAGUGUAGUGAGAAAAGGAGAGUGAAAGAAUGGAUUUCAGUUCAUUUUUAACAUCUUUAGGCACUUCAUUCAUCAUAUUUGUGCUUCUUAUGCUGUUAUUCACAUGGCUUUCUAGGAAACCAGGAAAUGAAUUCAUUUACUACCCAAAUAGGAUUGUUAAGGGUCUGGAUCCGUAUACUAGGACUACCCGUAACCCGGUUUCAUGGAUUAAGGAAGCUGUUUCUUCUACUGAAGAUGAUGUUAUCUCUCUUUCUGGUGUUGAUUCUGCUGCUUAUUUUGUCUUUCUUUCCACUGCUUUGACAAUGUUGGUCUGUUCUGGCAUUGUGCUUCUUCCAACUCUUUUACCUGUUGCAGUCACUGAUCACAGUGUCCAUUCAACUAACACCACAAGCAACGGAACUUUCAGUGAGCUUGAUAAAUACUCCAUGGGACACAUUGAAGAGAGAAGUCCUAGGUUGUGGGCGUUUUUGGGAGCUCUAUAUUGGGUUUCUUUGGUAACAUAUUUCCUCUUAUGGAAGGCAUAUAAACAUGUAACCGAGAUCAGGGCUACAGCAUUGAUGUCUUCUGAAGUUAAGGCAGAACAAUUUGCAGUUCUCGUUAGAGAUAUCCCCACUCCAAAGAAUGGUGAGACCAGGAAGGAGCAAGUUGAUUCGUAUUUUCGGGACAUUUAUCCAGAUACAUUCUAUAAGUCACUGAUUGUAACAGACAACAAGAAGGUGAACAAGAUUUGGGAGGAGCUAGAGGGGUAUAGGAAGAAACUAAUGCGAGCCGAGACAAUUUAUGCGCAAUCUAAGCCAAUAGGAAGUAAUGAAGAGGUCAGACCCACAAACCGAACUGGCUUUCUUGGUCUUUGUGGCAAGAAGGUAGAUACCAUAGACUAUUGCAAGGAAAAGAUAAGUAAACUUGAAUCCAAGUUAGAAUCCGAGCAAAAGGUGACCUUAAGAGAUCGCCAGCUUUCUUCAGCAUUCAUUUUCUUUACGAGCAGGGUAACCGCGGCUGCUGCUGGGCAGAGUUUACACGCCCGAUUGGUUGAUACUUGGACAGUAAUGAAUGCUCCUGAACCACGUGAACUAAUCUGGAGUAACCUCUCGCUAAAUUAUUACUCCAGGGAAGUACGCAAGUAUAUCGUGUACUUCAUUGUGGCAUUAGCGAUAUUCUUUUACAUGAUUCCUAUCGGGUUUAUCUCAGCUUUGACGACACUAGAAAAUCUGACAAAGCUACUGCCUUUCAUAAAACCUGUUGUCGAUAUAGUUGCAAUUCGAACGGUCUUAGAAGCUUAUCUUCCUCAAAUCGCCCUCAUAGUAUUUUUGGCUUUACUGCCCACGAUGCUCAUGUUUCUGUCUAAAGUCGAAGGGAUUCCUACAGAGAGCCAUGCAGUUAGGGCUACUUCGGGUAAAUAUUUCUACUUCACCGUCUUAAAUGUUUUUAUCGGAGUUACCCUUAGUGGAACACUUUUUGGAAACUUCAAGGAUAUGAAGAACCAUCCGAAUGAGAUAGCUACUAUACUCGGGAAAGGCCUUCCAGAUAAUGCGACCUUUUUCUUGACCUUUGUCGCACUCCAAUUUUUCGUAGGAUACGGGUUGGAGUUGUCUCGAUUGGUCCCACUUAUCAUAUUCAAACUGAAAAAGAAAUACUUGUGCAAGACAGAAGCUGAAGUGACAGAAGCAUGGGCUCCUGGUGAUUUUUGUUAUGCAACAAGGGUUCCUGCUGAUUUGCUUAUACUCACUGUUACACUCUGUUACUCAGUUAUUGCACCACUCAUUAUUCCAUUUGGUGCUAUCUACUUUGCCCUGGGAUGGCUUGUCAUGAGGAAUCAGGCAUUGAAAGUAUAUGUUCCAUCAUUCGAAAGCUACGGAAGAAUGUGGCCACAUAUUCAUACAAGAUUUCUAGCUGCAAUAAUCCUUUACCAAGUAACAAUGAUAGGUUACUUCGGAGCAAAAAAGUUUGUCUACGCCUUCCUCAUCAUCCCACUUCCGAUAAUUUCCAUCAUAUUCGCCUUUGUUUGUCACACGAAAUUCUAUCGGUUCUUCCAAAACACGGCUCUUGAUGUUGUAUGCCAUGAAUUGAAAGAAACACCCAACAUGGAAUGUAUUUAUAGAUCCUUCCUUCCUCCAAGUUUGAGCUCUUAUAAGUUCAAUAUUGAUCAAGAUGGACAUAUUUAAUCUCAAGUUUUACAAUUGUUUUUGUGAAUUUUAUCCCAUUUGUUCAUCUAUAAAUUCCACUAUAGUUGAGUUAGUAAUGGCAAUGCUCAACUAGUUAUAGUUAUGUUUGUUGAUAGGUUAAAUUUAGGUGGUCUCUUUGUCUAGGGUUGUAAAAGCUUUGUAAUGUUUGACCAAUGUUCUCUAAUCAAAAUAUACUUUACGACCCGUUUGGUAGAUGGUAAUAAAUAAUGGUAAUGAUAAUGAAAAUUAGUGUAAUUUUGGUUGAAAAAUCUAUUGGCUAACUUGAUGGCCAUGCUUGUCCAACUUUAAUAAUCUUAUGUUAUUCAUAAAAUUCAUUUCAAUGCAUUACCAUUGGGAGAAAUAGUAUUAGGUGCUAAUGAAAAUUUGUA